CACACAGCGCUAAAAUUCUGAAUAGGCCUUGAUUUUCAAUAUUGAUUGAAAUUUGGAAGGGGAGGUUCAACCAUUGCAGAAGAAUUUGUAGAGACCAGAGAGAGAUGAAGAAGAGAUCAACGAGAAAGUCAUCGGCGGCGACUUCAAAUCGAUCACCAAGCGAAUCUCCGCCGAAGUUCAAGUUCAAUUUCAGCUGCUUCAACAACGUUUCUACAUCAUACUCGUCGCCAAUGAAGAACACCAGCAACCUGAACAUCAUAUCAUCUCCAGAGCCGCCUACCGGAAUAUCACCUGUGCCUCCACUAACGUCACUGAGCAAAGCACCUAGCACAAUCGCUGAUCUGAAGGAAAUGGCGUCCUCCAACGUCGAUUCUAUCAAGCGUCACUUGGAAUUUUCGCACUCCGAGAUACUCAAGGACAUGGAAGCUUCUCACUCACGUCUUCACAAGAGAUUUAAGAUUCAAAACCAAGCAUGUCAAGAAACAAUGAAUGAAGCAGAGAAGGAAUUCAUGAAGAUGAAUGACCGAAUAAAGGAAACUCGUGAUGCAAUGAAGGCAUCAUAUAUGGAGUUGAUAGCAGAAACACAAGCCAGCACUAAUCGUGUGUGCAAAACAACCAUUCCUGAACUUCUUCAAUCUAAGGAUAGAUCCAUUGAUGCUCUGAAGAGUCGUUAUGGGAUUGCAUCAACUUCAUCAUAGCUUUACAGGAAUCAAUCAUGAAUAAGGUCUUGUUAGUCGCUGAACAGGUGAUAAACUUUCCCUUCAAAUUAAUGUUCUUACUUAAGAUCACUAUGACUUUCUACUUGUCAAUAUAUGCAUACACGUGAAGAUGUUAAAAAUUAAAAAUAUGGAUCAGCUAAUUUUGCAAGCUAACUACUUUCCAAAGUAUACAAAAUGUUGUUUAUCUUUAUUAUUAGGAAAUAGCUAGCAAUAUCAUACAAAAAAGGUUGAGAAAUCAGAACUUGUUUUUAGAACCAGGUGAACCCCAAAGAGAUUGCCAGAAAACAGGCCAAUUCUUUUGAGCUUCAUUCCAACCCAAUAAAGAGCCUUCCCUCAUAGGGUCCCAACUGGUGGAUACAAUCCCAUAACUAACACCCGCUAGGGCUGUACCAAAGAACACGAAUGACACAAUGAAGGGUAUCCAAGUGGGCACAUCGAUCUUCAAUCCUACUUUUAGAUAGUAAAAGAAUGGAAAGAACAAUAGGCCUAUAAACAAUGGGAUUCCAACGGAAAGCCCAAUUCUACCCAUCAUUCUGUUGGUUACUAUCUCUGGAAUCACACCGGCUUCUCUCUCUAUCUCCUCUUCUUCUUCAUCGUCUUCGUCUUUCUUUGGGAUGAGGGUUUUUUUGUUGAGUUUCUUGGGGGGAGGAGGGCCGAAUCCUUUGGGGGAGUUGAAUGUGGCUGAGAUGGGUGAGAAUCGGAAUUGGCGAUUCUGAUUAGUUUUGUGGGGUGGCUUUGGAAUUGGAACUUGAAGUGGGGGUUUUGAGAGGUUAUUUGGAGAACGUGAGAA